CUGCCGUGGUCUGGGAAGUGGCUCUUCUUCACUCUAUCUUCCAUGGCCUGAACUAAGUUUCUGAAAAUUCUCAGUCGUUGGGGAAGAUGUAAUGGGAACGGUUGCGGUGUUUGUUAGCAAUUACGAAGAGAAAUACCGAUCUUGAAGGUCAUCAAAUUAUAAGACGAAGGUAACUUCACAUAUUUGUUGUUUUCGAACGAGGAGAAACUGUUCAACGAGCGAUGUAAGUGAACCUUUGAAUUUGAUUGUUUUGUCCAAAGAAUUUGAACUCCUUCGAAAACCUACCAAAAAUUGACAGAUAAAAUGGAUGAUGAAGUAAAGCAAAGGCGGCCAGCAGAAAAAGACGUCAUUACAGAAUGCAUCGGGGAAUUCGGUCGUUGGCAGCUGAUGAUGAACGUCUUGUUAUCCUUGGUCAACAUCCCUUGCACCUUCCACUUGUAUAUACCCAACUUCAUAACGGAAACGCCUGCGACCUGUGCCAAACCCGAAAACAGUUCACUUACUCAGGAGCAGUGGAUGAACCUGAGCGCUUUGGAUGGCCAGAACGAUAUGUGCGCUUUUAGGGACUUGGAUUACAGCCUUAUGUACAAAAACCUUAGUCAACUACAAAGCAACAGAAGCCUUCCUUGCAGCAGAUGGGACUACGAUACCUCACAUUUGGGCCUCACGUUAGUUACCGAAUGGGAUUUGGUUUGUGACCGAAAGUAUUUGCUAAACGUAGCUGAAAUGAUGUUCCUGAUGGGCGUAGCGAUCGGAGGUUUGGUCUGUGGCUACAUAUCAGACAGGUUUGGUAGGAAAAGAACUUUGAUGUUCUCCUUGCUUGCUCAGAUUUUGCUUGGAGUUUCUAUUUCAUUGACUCCAUGGCUUCCUCUGUUUUUUAUAUUAAGGGCCAUCUUAGGUUUUUUCAGCUCCAGCAUGGUAUUCUCUGGCCUCGUAUUGUGCUUGGAGAUAGUUGGAGGGAAAUGGUUGACAAUAUGCGGUGUAUCAUACAUGUUCACCAUUCCUCUCUCUUACAUUAUCAUCUCAGGAUUAGCGUAUAUAACCAGGAAUUGGAGAAUCCUUCAACUGACUAUAUCCCUAACAGCUGUGCUGCUUAUUCCACUAUACUGGAUUGUACCUGAAUCACCAAGGUGGCUUUUAACUUCUUGCAAAAAAGAAAGAGUCAAAGAUGUACUGCAAAAGGCUGCAGAGUUUAAUGGCAAACCUCUACCAGAUAACACAGAUGAAUUGAUUGAACAAAGCAUGGCCGACAGAGGAGAUGAACCUCCAAAGGUGAGAGUUAAGGAUUUGUUUAGUACCAGCUACAUGAGAAAAAUAACUUUGGUGCUAUAUAUUGUUUGGUUCUGUGAAUGCCUCUUAUACUUCGGACUCGUACUAAAUCUUUCCACUAUUGGCGGUGAUAUUUACAUUAAUUCUGUAAUAUCAGGAAUAGUUGAAUUGCCUGCUGUUGCCUUGAGUAUUAUUUUGCUGCUCAAGCUCGGCAGAAGAUGGCCACUGGCAUUGGCCAUGGCAGGUGCUGGUGCUGCGUGUCUCUUUUCAACCCUUUUCAAUAAAGAUGAUGUAGUCCAUUUGGUACUGAUAAUGGCUGGUCGAUUUCUAAUCAGUUCACCAAAUAUUACUAUACUAAUAUACACAGCUGAACUGUAUCCAACGAUAAUAAGGAAUCUCGGAUUGGGUUCUGCAAAUGUAGCUGCAGGCAUUUCUCUCAUGUUGAUACCAUAUAUCUGGAUUAUGGCUGGAGUUGAUGAGAAUUUACCAAUGAUUGUUAUUGGACUUGGUGGCGUUUUAGGAGGUUUGGCUACUUUACUUCUUCCAGAGACAGCAGGCUUAACUGAGAGUUUAGAAAAAAGUUAGGAAGUCUCUUCUGAAAUAGGAAGUGUUAUUGAAAUCGAUCCUUACACGGAGGACUGUAAAAAUAACAGUCUGAAAUAUCAUUUUCGGGUUGUUUAUUAUCAUUAUGUCCAAACAAUGGUGAUCGAUUUCUAACACCUGAUCAAUUAUACGAACUUUGCUCAGCAGUUCUUAACAAUUAUUCCUUAUUAUCAAAGUUAUCAUUAUAAAAUCAACAAAAAUAAUAUAAAACUCAUAUCUUGGUGAAAUAGCUAAAUGGCCGCCGAAAAUCAUAUAUUUUCUUCCUGUUCUCCUGCCAUUCCCUAGCUGGUUGUACAUUCUUUCCGAAAAUUGGUACAUUUUCAAAACGCCGUGGGAUGAAGGACAAUUUGUUAAAAAUCGGGACUGUCCCACCAAACUUGGGACCUCUGGUUACCUUAGUUUACUAUCUACUAUUUUUUAGUUGAUUUGAUUUAAAUUUGGAGAUUGAUUAUUUUGAUUACUUAUGAUUUACUAACAGUACCAAUUCUGUAAUUUUAUAAAUAAAAAAUAAAUAAUCAAAAUUAUAACAUAUCAAAUGCAUAUUAUAGACUAAUUGUUACUGUUAGAUUGGAUUUUAAGACUUAAUUUUACAUCGUGGUUAUAGAUUUGAUUUUCUAUUGAAUUUUAUUAAAUAUUUACUAUUCUAAAUUAACCUCAUGUUGAGUUAAUGCAAUUUUAUUGAUUUGGUUUUUAAGAUAAAAUAUUAGCAGUUGAUAAAAAAUGAACAAGUACUGAACAUUGCUUCUCCUAUAAAUUUAGAAAAACUGCUACUAGCUCAAAAUUAUUUAAAGUAAGAGGAAUUUUAUCCUUGAGGAUAUUUCUAUUUAUUUUUAUGUUAUAACUUGCUUAAGUAAUUCAUCUGUUAAUUUUUAUUCAGGAUUUUCAUUAAUUAUAGAUACUCAAAUAAUACUUAUACUCCUUCAAGGAUAUCUAAGUGCAUCUAACUAUAUCGUAAAAGAAACUUAAAAAAUAUAUAAAUAUAGUCAGUUAUAGUUUUAUAAUACUUUUUUAAGUUGCCAAGUUUUAAGGUAUAAUUAUGUAUUAUUUUUU